AUGACUUGGGGAGUCGCAGGACUUGCAUUCGAUGAUGAAGACAUUGAUUACUACUACCAGUUAUUCAAAAGCCAAAUAGGUCGAAAUCCAACGGACGUUGAACUCUAUGAUUUGGCACAAUCCAAUAGUGAACAUAGUCGGCAUACAUUUUUCAAGGGACGAUUGAAAAUUGAUGGAAAGUUUCGAUCCGAAACACUAUUCGAUUCAAUCAAAAAAACUCAAAAUUAUUCCAACAACAAUAAUAUUAUUGCUUUUACUGAUAAUAGCAGUGGGAUUGAAGGUUUUGAAGUCAGUAAUCUGGUACCACUAAAUUGUUUGACUGUUUCGAAGUUAGAUAUAGUGCGAUCAAAACGGCAUAUAAUUUACACAUCAGAAACACAUAAUUUCCCAACAGCUGUUUCUCCAUUUCCUGGUGCUGCAACUGGAGUUGGAGGACGAAUUCGAGAUGUACAUGCAACAGGGAGAGGUGCUCAUACAAUAGCUGGCGUUGCUGGUUAUUCAUUUGGUAAUUUAAAUUUGCACGGCUAUACACUGCCGUGGGAAGAUGGUGAAAAAGUUCACAUUUUUGCCAAGCCGAGUGAGAUUAUUAUACAAGCGAGUAAUGGAGCGAGUGAUUAUGGCAAUAAAUUCGGUAAAUAUAUAAUUUUACGUUUUUAUUUAAUGAAUGAUGCGAGUAUCACGCACAGUGAACCCAUAAUUUCUGGCUUUAGUCGCUCAUUUGGUCAAACACUUGAGUUCACGGAUGGAAUUUGUCGAUAUGAAUAUAUUAAGCCGAUCAUGUUUUCGGGUGGAAUCGGUUGCAUCGACGAAAUUAAUGUUUACAAAAAAAAUUGUGAAGCUGGGCAAUUAGUGGUAAAAAUUGGUGGUCCUGCAUAUCGGAUAGGUUUAGGUGGUGGAGCAGCAAGUUCAAUUAAUAUUCAAGGUGUUCCUAACCGUUACUCUGAAUUGGAUUUUGGUGCCGUGCAGCGUGGUGAUCCUGAAAUGGAACAAAAAUUACAUAGAUUCAUUAGAUCUUGCAUAGAAUGUGGUCGUAGUAAUCCUAUUCUAUCCAUUCACGAUCAAGGAGCUGGAAAUGUCUUAAAGGAAAUUGUUAAUGACUUGAAUGGUGGCGCUAUUAUAGAAGCAUCAAAAUUUGAACUGGGUGAUCCCAGCCUUUCAAUCCGUGAACUAUGGUCAGCUGAAUAUCAGGAAAGCGAUGCUAUUUUGAUAGAUCCUAAAAAAAUUAAAAUUGUUGAUGAAAUCGCUAAGCGAGAAAAUUGCAAUUACUCGAUUGUAGGAAAAAUUACUGGAGAUCGAAUCGUUACUCUCUAUGACUACAGUUCUGAUCAUAAAUCUCCUCAAGAAGAUAAGAUGCGAGCACCAUUCAGCAUUAGUUUAGAUCACAUAGCAAUCAGAAAUCCAAAAGUGUAUCAUUUACAUGAUGGAGCGACUCUUACUCACUCUGUGCUACUUCCUAGUUUCUCUAUUCAUAAUGCUCUUGAUUUAGUUCUCCGAUUACCAGCGGUUGCGUCAAAACGCUUUCUAACCAAUAAAGUUGAUCGGUCAGUGUCAGGUUUAAUUGCUCAACAGCAAUGUGUUGGCCCUUUGCAAACACCUUUAGCUGAUGUUGCAGUUGUUGCGCUAUCUUAUUGGGACACAGUUGGUGCUGCUAUUGCUAUCGGAGAACAACCGGUUAAAGGGAUUUUGUCUCCUGAAUAUGGAGCUUCAAUGUCGUUAGCUGAAGCUUUGACUAACAUCGAUAUAAAAUGUUCCGUCAAUUGGAUGUGGCCUGGUAAAUUUGGUAAAGAAGGUUUGCGACUUGUGAAAGCUUGUGAUACUCUCUGCGAAGCUAUGAAAACUCUCGGUAUUGCCAUUGAUGGUGGAAAGGAUUCAAUGUCAAUGACUGUUCAGAUGCAAAAUGGUUCGAUAGCUAAGUCACCAGAGACAAUAGUAAUAAGUGCAUAUGCACCAUGCACGGAUAUUACGCACGUGGUAACACCCGACUUGAAAGGAAAUAUAGAAACUCGUACCGAACUGCUUCAUGUCGAAUUCGGUGGAUAUGAUAACCAUACUCUAGCAGGAACAGCUUUGGCUCAAUGCUUAGGUCAAAUUGGUAACAAAUCGGGCAAAAUUGAUUGGGAAAAUUUUAAAGCAGCAUUCAUUGCUAUACAAAAUUUAAUCAAAGAAGAACAAGUAUUAUCAGGACACGAUAUCAGUGACGGUGGAUUAAUAACCUGCGCGAUUGAAAUGGCUUUUGCUGGCAAUCGUUCAAUUAUCUUGGAGCUCGACAUGAAGGAAUGGACUAAUAAAAUGGAGAUGCUCUUUGCUGAAAAUCCUGGAGUUAUUUUAGAAGUAAAUAGCGACACAUAUAAGACAUUUCUAAAUUUAUUUCAGUCGAAUGGCGUUCUCGCCAAACAUAUCGGUUAUACUGGCCAAGAAAAAGGAAAGGCAGCAACGGUAAUUAUUCGAAUAAAUGAUGAGCAGGUAUUGAAUGAGCCUUUGGGAAACCUUCGACAAAUUUGGGAAGAAACAAGUUAUCAACUUGAAUUGUUACAAACUGAUAGCGAGUGCGCUGAGCAACAGAAAUAUUACCUUGAAGAAGCGGAAGAAAUAAUCUUUCAAGCUAAUUUUGAUUUUUCUAUUCCCAUGUCCAACUUUCUUAAAUCAUCAAUUCGUGAAAGUUAUAAAGUGGCGAUCAUUCGAGCUGAAGGAAGUAAUGGCGAUCGAGAAAUGGCUGCUGCAUUCUAUAUGGCUGGAUUUAUACCCUUUGAUGUGACAACUGCUGAUUUAACCGAACAUGGCUUCAGUCUGAAGCCAUUCAUAGGAAUUGCUUUCGUUGGUGGAUUUUCGUAUGGUGAUGUACUUGGAUCAGCGAAAGGAUGGACGAGUGUAAUCAAAUUUAAUGAGAAAAUUUUAUACGAAUUUAACGGCUUUCGAAAUCGAAAUGAUACUUUUUCCAUAGGAGUUUGUAAUGGAUGUCAGCUGAUGGUGUCACUUGGAUGGGUAGGAUCUAUGGAUAGAGAUAAUGACGGAAAUAUUUUUUUGGAGCAAAAUGACUGUGGUCGCUUUCAGUGUUCAUUUAAUUCAGUACUUAUAUUGAAAUCACCUUCAAUAUUUUUAAAAGGAAUGGAAAAUUCUAUUCUGGGAAUAUGGACGGCUCAUGGAGAAGGCAAGUUUGGUUUCCGCGAUAAGAGAACAUUGGAUAAACUUGAAUCUGAAAAGCUGGUGCCGCUGAAGUACUGCAACGCUCUAGGACAACCAGCGAAAAUAUUUCCAGAAAAUCCUAAUGGAAGUCCAAGAUCCAUAGCUGCAAUUUGUUCAAUGGAUGGCAGACACCUGGCAGUAAUGCCACAUCCUGAACGUAGCUUUCUUUCGUGGCAAUGGCCAUAUUAUUGUAGCCAGUGGAAAAGCGAUUGCCUUACUGCACCUUGGAUGAGACUCUUUAUAAAUGCAUACCACUGGGCACAUGACCGUUCGAAACUUUAG